CCACCGCGAGCGCUGCGCAAGUUCCGGCAGCAAGCCCCACACAGUCCCCCGCAGGCCCCAGCGUGGUACCUGCCACCGUGCCGGCCGCCGCGCCCGCGCCCGGCCCGGCGGCACCGCUGGCGGUGCCAUCUCAGGCGCCCGCGGCUCAGCUGGCGAAGUGCCAAGACCUCUCGGCCAAGGUGACUUUGGAGGUGAAUGGCGAGGCGAAAUGCUCCAAGACGGAGGUGGUGAUGAACUUGCGGGCAAGCGGCGACAUUGACUCCCUGGACACCUUGAUUGAGGAGGACAAGCUGGAAGUGGUGGAUGCUGAGGACAAAUCCUCCAGGAAGGAGGUUGACAAGAUCGGCCUGGAAGUGACUGGAGACAACGUGCUGGCCACCUUGUAUGGCUCUGACAUUUGUGCUCACGUGGACUUCCUCAAGUUAGAGUUCCCCAGUGGCUCAAAGAUCAAGAUCCUGAAGGUGACGAUGAAGCUCCGCGGCAGCGAUCCCUUGGAGGCGGACGUAGAGGAUGAGGACCUGGAGAUCGUGAACGCCAACAAGUCCAGCGUGCGAGAGGCUGUGGAGCGCAUCAUCUUUGAGUCCGAUGGCAACAUCAUCACGGCCAAAGUCUACGGCAAGGAUAUUUGCGCAGAGGCGCAGUUCCUGGGCCUCGCCUUUCCCGUGGGCACCUCCCUGCGGGUGGAGCAGAACUGCAAGGCCCAGGUGGAUGAGUGGUCCGGAUGUCAGGACGGCGCGGAUUACGCGGUCCUGGACCUUCAGGGCAGCAUUCCGCUGGACAUCGUGAUGGAUGAGGGCACCCUCGCCAUGGUGAAAACGGCCAAGAGACAGGUGCAUCAGCUCCUGAGCAAGUUGGUCCUGGAGGACGACGGUGAUGGAUCCGUCACCGCGAAGUUGCACGCCUCAGACAUCUGUGACCGGCUCGCAUACCUGAAGGUUCUCUUCAACGAAUCCACCCAGGUCAGCUUCGAGAGCAAUUGCGUCUACGGCACCACCACCACCACCACCACCACCACCACCACCACGGCAGGCGUUGUGGUGACCAGUUCCACUGCCGCGGGAUGCACCAACCUGACGGCAGCGGUUCAGUUGGUGGUGGAGAACCCGCCUGCUUGCGCGGCUGGGGAUGACCAUGCCAAGCUGGAGCUGAAGGGAAGUCUGGGCGGAACGUUUUCGCAGGAGGACCUGGAGCUGGUGAAUCUCCAGAGCAGCGACGCCCAUCAGAAGCUCAGCAAAGCGGAGUGCAGCGCUUCGGGAGACACCACCACGGUGAAGCUCUUUGCCUCCGGGAUCUGCGGCUUGGCUUCCGUGGGAAACAAAGAUGUGGGAUGCCUCUCUAGGAGGACCUAG